AUGAUAAUGGUUGUGAUUGUGCAGGGGUUAGAAAUGGGUACUCAGUCAAGUGAAGUAAUUGUCCCAGAUUUUAGAAGGAAGAAAUUGGUUGUAAGAAGGCCAAAUAGGAAGUCAACAACCAAAUUUCAAGAUGAAGUCAACAACCAGGUUCCAAAUGAGGUUGCUCAAGCUCCUGCUGUUAAUGAUGUUCCUUUAGUGAAUAAGGUGAUAGAAGAGGAAGAUGACAUUAUGGUGCUAGAAGAAGAAGCAGUUGAUGUUCCAGUAAAGGUUGCCCAAGAUCUAAAAGAAAAUGCAUCUGAUGUUCCAUUGUUGAAUGAAGGUGGUGCAGAACCUGAAUUCACUGAAGGACUUGCAUCAGAUGUUCUCCCAGAUAAAAUCAAGAUAGAUGUUGAAGGAAUAGCAAAUUUACUUGAAGCAGGAUAUUCCAUGGCUGAAACUGAAAGCAUAGGGUGGUAG